UAGUCAAGUCAAUGUCACGUUAAUGUUUUUGCACCCGACGUUUCCCCCAUUCACAAAACUGGGAAGUUGAUUAUUUACAUUUGUCCCCAUCGAAAAAAAAAAACGGAACAAUUGCCAAAAAAAUGUGCCCGGAAGUGAACCGUAAAGCGUGAUCCUGAGUGCCUACAUCCGGUUCGUUAAUUUUAAAAAAAAUGUCUUCUUCGGCGAGUAAUAAUCGCUCCUCGAACCGUUCCACCACUUCCUCCUCCUCGUCGUCGUCGGUUACGGUGCAACACAAGAACCUCUCGACGAUCCUAUCGAAGCUCCAAGGGGCCUUUUCGGACGUCGCCUACUUGGCCCACUCGAACAAAUACACCACCGACAAGAGAACGUUGGACAAAACGUGGAAACUGAUGGACAAAGUGGUGAAACUCUGUCAGCAACAGAAGAUGAACCUGAAGAACUCGCCCCCUUUCAUCCUGGACAUUUUACCGGACACUUAUCAGAGACUGAGGAUGAUUUAUUCCAAGUAUGAGGACAACAUGUCCGCCCUGCACAGCAUCGACUACUUUAACGUUUUCAUUAUUAACUUGAUGAGGAAGUGCAAGCAGGCCAUCAAACUGUUUAAGGAGGGCAAGGACAAGAUGUUUGAUGAGAACUCGCAUUACCGAAGGAACUUGACCAAGUUGAGUUUGGUUUUCAGUCAUAUGUUGAGCGAGCUGAAGGCCCUGUUUCCUAACGGACGGUUCGCCGGGGAUCAGUUCAGGAUCACCAAGUCCGAUGCCGCAGAGUUUUGGAAAAGUAACUUCGGAGACAGCACCCUGGUGCUCUGGAAAAUCUUCAGGCACGAACUGAACAAAAUACACCCGAUCAGUUCCGGACUGGAGGCGAUGGCCCUAAAAUCGACCAUCGACCUCACCUGCAACGACUACAUAUCGAAUUUCGAGUUUGACGUGUUCACUAGGUUAUUUCAACCGUGGACGACGCUGCUGCGUAACUGGCAAAUUUUGGCGGUCACGCAUCCCGGUUACGUGGCAUUUUUGACGUACGACGAGGUCAAGGCCCGUCUGCAGCGGUACAUCAAUAAAGCGGGGUCGUACGUGUUCCGGUUGUCCUGCACCAGGUUGGGCCAGUGGGCCAUCGGUUACGUCACCCCCGACGGGGAGAUUUUACAAACGAUCCCGCAGAACAAAAGUCUGAUCCAGGCGUUACUUGACGGCUACAGGGAGGGAUUUUAUUUAUAUCCGGACGGGAGGGCUAACAAUCCGGACCUGUCGUGGGCGGUACAGCCCAGCCAGGAGGAUCACAUCUCCGUCACUCAGGAACAGUACGAGCUGUACUGCGAGAUGGGCAGCACCUUUCAGUUGUGUAAGAUAUGCGCGGAAAACGACAAGGACGUGCGCAUAGAGCCGUGCGGCCAUUUGUUGUGCACCCCCUGUCUCACGGCCUGGCAAGCGGGUUCCGAGGGUCAGGGGAGCCAGGGGUGCCCGUUCUGUCGGGCGGAGAUCAAAGGUACCGAACAGAUCGUGGUCGAUCCGUUCGAUCCGAAAAAGUCGCACAAUCGUAAAAAUUUGCCGACGUUCUCGCACAGUAUUUCGACCCUGGACGACGAGGACGAAAUCGAGGACUCGGAAAUGUGGAACUGUGCGGGAAGCAGCCUUCACGCUCUGGCCUUGAAACCGAGAAACGACGUUUCGCACUCCUCGAGCCCGAUGAUAUCGCCGGGUAGUAGCCCGCGAUUUUUACGAAGAAACCCCCCGGGUACGGUGGUGGUACCCACCCCCGCCCCGCCCCCUUUACCGCCGCGGAAAAGCUCCCCCACCAACGAACCGACCACCACUUCCUCGUCCACCUCUUUGGCGCGUGCCGGUGCCGAAACGCACGCGGCGGUACCGACAGAAUCCUUGUUGCAAUCACAAUCCGUGACCGAUCUGACUCAACCCUCAGAUCACACCACGAUACCGAAAAGUACCUCGAUGUUGGAAAUUCGACGGUACGGAACCGCCCAUCAAGGUGGGGCGGCGGCGCAGGUGGAACUCAGCUCCCCGGAAACCAUCGUGGGCCUGGUGGUGUCGGACUGGGGGGGGCCCCCCAUCAUCAACGAUUGUCACCACGACGUCAUCGAGGGGGCCGCCGCCAAACGGGAGGCCGUCAUCCCCCCGCGCCACCUCAGUUGCCCGUCGAAUAGGACCGCGCCCUCACCGAAAUCGCCCCCGAAAUCCUUGACCACGCCCAAUUUGAAGCCCUACGAGAACGUCGAACCCGCACACCCGAAGGCGAACCCCGUCAUCGUUAAGCGAAAGUUACCGAACCCGUUGGAGGACGCGGGGGUCUCAUACGAGAACCUGAACAUCGACUACGUGAAGAAGUUGGUGGGGGAGGGAUACUCGAGGGACGCGGUCAUCAGGGCGUUGGGGAUCAGCAGGAACAACGUGGACAUGGCCUGCGAUAUUUUACACGAGUUCGGCACCAAACUGGGAUAGCUAGAAAGGACUGAUGAUGAUAAUAAUAAUUUUUUUUUUGUAUAUAUAAUGGCAAUAUCUAGGGGGGAUAAGUCGGGAGGGCGCGCCGGCCUAAGGAAGCGAUUCGUUGCGGAGCAGCGGUAGGACGACACCGUUUUUUGUACAUAUAUAACGAGUUCAUUUUGAUGUACUACUACUAUUAAGCGUAACGAUUCAAUAAUAUACAUGAUUAAAAAAAAAACUC